AUGAAGCUCUUCGCCAGUCUGUUGGCGGUCGUCUCUGUUGCUGCUGCUGCGUUACUUCCCCUGGAACACACAAGUACUGACCUUGCGAUCAUCGAAGAGCGCGAACCGCAAGCAGAUAGUGCUUGCAGACAUGGAGCAUUUAGCCGUGCCUGCUGGAGCAAUGGCUACAGCAUUGCAACCGACUUCGAUCUGAAGCACCCAACGACUGGUGCGACUGUCAGAUAUGAUCUGACGAUCACCAACUCUACCUGUAACCAGGAUGGUAACGGCGAGAAGCUCUGUAUGCUUAUCAAUGGCCAGUAUCCUGGUCCUGUGAUAAAUGCGAAUUGGGGAGAUAUGCUUGAGAUUACUGUACACAACCAAUUACAAGAUAACGGAACCGCUUUCCACUGGCACGGCGUACGUCAGCUCAACUCCGUUGCGGGAGAUGGCGUCCCAGGUAUAACUCAAUGUCCGAUUGCUCCUGGCAGCAGCUAUACAUACAAGUUCCAGGCCACUCAGUUCGGAACAUCUUGGUAUYACUCACACUUCUCGAACCAGUACGGUGACGGUAUCGUUGGUCCGAUGGUGUUCCAUGGCCCGGCAGCGGCAAAUUACGACAUUGAUCUUGGUCCAUAUGCUUUGACAGACUGGUACUAUGACACGGCAUUCGAGACAUCCUAUCAAUCAAUGAUAAGUCUACAGAGUGGCGGAGGGCCUCCCACAGCAGACAACAUUCUGAUCAAUGGUACAAAUAAGAACAACGGAGUCAACAACCCUGGUGGGGGAAAUUACAAUAAGGUGAAGAUGACCACAGGCAAGAAAUACCGUUUGCGCCUGAUCAACAUGUCCGUCGAUCAAUUCAUGCGUGUCUCACUCGACGGCCACACCAUGAAUGUCAUUACCUCGGACUUUGUUCCGAUCAAACCAUUUGCGGCGGAGUGGGUUCUUAUUGGUAUUGGCCAGCGCUACGACGUCGUCAUCAGUGCAAACCAGACAGCAGGCAACUACUGGUUCCGUGCCGAGCCAGCCUCGGACUGCUUCUCUGCCAACAGGUUCUUUGGUCGGGCCGUCUGGUCUUACGACACCGUCACUGUAGCUGAUCCAUCAUCCACUGCGUGGCCAUUGGUCACGAACGGAUGCACCGAGCCUAGCAACCUCGCACCGUAUUGGGUCCAGAAAGUACCGAGUGGAAGCUUUGACGCAGUGGCCGAAAGACUGGAUGUAAACAUAACGACAGGUGUGGUUCUUCCGAAUAAAGAUACUGUCGUCGUGUGGGCCAUCAACAACACCAAUCUUAACGUCAACUGGAGUAGACCAACCGUCUCAUAUAUCAUGGAUGGAGAUACCGACUACGAGGAUACCAUGCACGUUCUUCCACUAGGGUUGGCGGGAAGCUGGAAUUACUACCUUAUCCAGCAAUUCUCCACUGCACCUCCAAUCCCGCAUCCUAUCCAUCUCCAUGGACAUGACUACUUCGUUCUCGGACAGKGAAAGAGUACCUGGGACGGAACUGCAAAGCUCAAUUUUGACACUCCUCCACGUCGAGAUACUGCCACUGUGCCAGGAGGUGGCUGGCUAGCGAUUGCUUUCCCCUCCAACAAUCCAGGUGCAUGGCUUCUCCAUUGCCAUAUUGCCUUCCACAUUGGCGAGGGACUUGGAAUGCAGUUCAUUGAGGAAGCAGAGAAGACUGUACUGCCAGAUUCUACGUAUGGUGAUACGUGCAGAGACUGGCGGGAAUUUGAAAAGACCAUGCCGUACCCCAAGCACGACUCUGGAUUGUAG